UGCCCCGGGUCCUCCCGCCCGCCGAGUUUGCGACAACACAGCGGGCGCUUUACGGCAGCGGGCCGGGGGUCCCGGGAGGGUCCCGAGGGAGUUUUAAGGGGACCCCGAGGGGGUCCCGGUGCCUCCGAGGCGUCUCCGUGAACACCGAAUUUCCCCCCGCGCCCUCCUUUGUGCCGCGCCACGGCGCUACUCGGAGCGCGCCUCGCUUGACGGCGGGCUGUACGACAGCCUGAGGGGCGUCCGGCGCGCUUUACGGCAGCGCGGCCGGGGCAGCGCGGCCGGGGGGGAUUUUGGGGGGUCCCGGGGGGGAUUUUGGGGGGUCCCGGGGGGGGCCGGGGGCCGGUGCCCCCCCCGAGGAUGCCGCUGGCCGUGCAGUGGCCGUUCCCCGCGGAGCCGUCGCGGCGCUGGGCCCUGGCGAGCCGCGUGGUCACGGGCCUGGUGGGCACCUACAGCUGCGUGUGGACCCGUGAGUGUUUCGGGGCAUCCCGGGGCGGUUCGGGGGUCCCAGCGCCCCCUCCCCACAUUUCCCCCCCCAGGACCCCCACGGCCGCUGACAUUUGCUUCACACGGGAGCUGCACGCGCUCUUCUUCAGCCUGGGGCGCUGCGUGCCCGUGUGCCGCGGUGACUGGGGACUGGGAAUGGACUGGGAAUGGACUGGGAAUGGACUGGGAAUGGACUGGGGGAACUGGGAAUGGGGUGGGUUUUGGGGUCUCACUGACCCCGUUCCCCCCCAGCACAUCACGGUGGUCGUGGGGCGCCCCUUCAGUGCCCGGCCCCUCCUGGAGCGGCUGCGCAGCGAGGGGACCCCCACGGUGGAGCUCCGCAAGGCCCUGACCGAUUUUGUCCAGCGGGAAUUCGAGGCUCUGCGGGGCCACGCCCGGACCCUGCACCCCACCCCAUAACUGGGGGUCCCCCUGCCCCAAAACUGGGGGGUUCUGCCCCAAAACUGGGGCUUCUGCCCCAUAAUUUGGGGUUGUGCCCCAUAACUCCGGGUUGUGCCCCAUAGCAAGGCCCUCCUGCCCCAUAAAAGGGGAUUUUUACCCCAUAAUUUGGGGGUCUUCAAUAAUUGGGGGGUCCUGCCCCAUAGCAGGGGGUCCCUGGUGGACUCCCUGCCCCAUAGGGGGGUCCUGCCCCCCUCUGAGCCCCCCAACUGUGCACGGUGCCAAUAAAAGAAGGUGGAACCUC